CACCGUAACUUCCUGUAGACGGGCUUUAUUUUUAUACAGAAAAAAUGGCGGCUUUAAGCUCAAAUAGUACCUCGGAGAAAUCAAGGACCACGUCGGGACCAGACAAUGAUUUUUGGGCGGGACAGGGUCCAGUGGUUCUGCGGGAUCCAGCGAUUAAAUUGCUGAGUCCUGUUAGCGGUCUUGAGCCGCUGUCGUGGGCAGAGGAUCACAGACUGGCGGCCUCCAGCGCUAACAGCGUGUCUGUCAUGGAGUUGGUGUGUGACAUACACAGUCUCAGUCAAAAUCUGGUGCUGCAUCGCAGUCACAUCCCGGUACCGGACAGCGCUUUUGAGCUCAAGGUGGGCCCUGAAAAUGAAGUGCAGACUGUUAAAGAAAGCUUUGCAAAGAGUAAAGAUCCUGUAGUAAGCCAAAUGAUAUUGAUGGACAGAGUCAUCCAUCCUCAAAGUGGACGUCUCCAUGGUGUGAAGUACACCAGCUGGUCACCAUUAGGCUGCGACAAAUAUGGCCGCUGUCUUCUUGCUUUCUUAACACUGGACAAUCGUCUCACGAUCCACAGCAGUCAUUUGCGAUUGCAGUGGACGCCACUCCUGGACCUUACAGAACUAUAUGGAGAAAUGUUAAAAUCCAGGAUGUAUUCUGCUCAGAACGACGGCUCACCGCCGAACUCUAUUAAAGACUUGGAUGAACUGCAGCGGCGGUAUCGUAUGCAGACGCCAGUGUGCAUGGAGUGGUCUGGUCUGUGCAGUAUGCAGCAAGUUCAGACCAAUAAUGCAUGUAAAGACGUUAACACUGUACUUCUGGCUGUACUUAUGGAGAAUGGAGACGUAGUGGUGUGGCAGUUCAGCUUGCCCCCACAAGGAAAGGAUUCAGUGGUGUCUUGCAACACCAUAAAAUCUGGUGUGUCGUUGCCAAGUAUGCUCACCUGGUGGGAAUAUGAGCACAGUGGACGGAAAAUGAGCGGACUGAUUGUGGGCAGCUCAGUUGGACCUGUAAAGAUCCUUCCAGUCAACCUCAAGGCAGUGAAGGGUUACUUCACCCUCAGGCAGCCGGUGGUUUUGUGGCAGGAUAAGGACCAGAUACCUGUCCACAACAUCAAAUGCAUAACGCUCUUCCAUCCGCAUCAGAAAUGCAACUGCAGCUUAGUGGUUGCUGCACGUGGUCCUUAUGUGUUCUGGUGCUUGUUGCUGAUCUCCAAAGCUGGUCUCAAUGUCCACAACUCCCACGUCACAGGCCUUCAUUCCACCCCUAUCAUAUCAAUGACAGUCUGUCAUAACGGCGGGACUAUUUUCACCUGCUCACUAGAUGGUAAGGUGAAGAAGCUCACGCCGGUUUUCACAGAUGUUGCUGUUGAGUUUAAACAGGAGGAGAUUGCUCUGCCAGAGGGAGUUGCGGGUCGACGGAUACAUGGCAUAUCUGUCAGUCCAAAUGGUGCCUACUUGGCUCUUAUCUCCAAUGAGGGCAUGAUCAAUGGGCUCCAUCCAGUCAAUCGCACAUACCAGGUGCAAUUUAUCACCCUUAAGACUACAGAUGAAACGGCUGCUGAGCUGCUUGAGUCUCAAAUGCACAAUCUCUUCAGAAAGACCGACUUGCUGGACUUGCUGCGUUGGCGGAUACUGAAGGACAAAAGCAUCCCUCCGGUUCUGCAGAACAAUCUAGACGAGAAGCUCCAAACCUCAGGAUUCACCUACUUAUGGCGCCUCAAGCUUUUCCUCCUCCGGACGCUCUACAAGUCCAUGCAGAAAAGCCCUUCAGAGCACCUUUGGCAGCCGACUCAUAGGGAAGGUAAAGCUGUGGAUGAGGAGGCGGGUGGAGGUGAUGAUGAGAUUGCGGAGAUCUCCACUCUAGAAGAGCUCAGGCAAGGCGAUGCAGAAAGGCAGUCCAGUGAGGAACAAAUGAGGGAGAUCAGCAGUAGGAUUGAAGAGGUGGAGUCCCAACUGAUCCGCGAGAACAUGAAGAAGGUGUUGGGAGAGGUGUACCUAAACACCUGUGUCACUCAGAACACAUGUAUUCCUACCAAAGGUGUUUGUGACUUCCUCACAAAUGACCCUGCUAAUGAAGACAGGGCAGCAAAGGUGCUGAUAGGUCAUAUCAUGAAUAAGAUGAACAAACAGACCUUUCCAGAGUAUUGUAGCCUCUGUAAAGAAGUUCUGCCUUUCACAGACUGCAAACGAGCAGAGUGCAAGAAUGGGCACAGAUGGCUCAGGUGUGCGCUGUCAUAUCAGGCCUGUCAGGGUGUGACAUACCGCCGCUGUCUAUUGCAGGACAGUAUUGCCUCAGUAGCAGAGCCCGAGGAUUCAGACUGGAUCAAGAAAAUACUCCAAGGUCCCUGCAUCUUUUGUGACUCCCCUCUCUACUAAAGCAGUGGGGUGAAAGAUGACAAAAUCUCCACGGCUGACUACUGAAUUACAUGCCACAUAAAUGCCUUUUAUUGCUUGAAAGAGAAGCCUUUGAAAGUCUGUAAAGUAUUCACUAAUUGUUUUGUAAUAUAGGACGUGGGAAAUUUUCUUCUCAACAGAUCUUUAUUUUAAAGCCAAGCUUGAGCUAAAAAGUGAAGUAUAACUUUUUAUGUCAUGAAAAUGAUGACUGUAUGUGUUAAUAAAUUAUUCUAUUAUAAUUA